AUGAUAAAUGAAGAUUUUUAUUUCGUUCUUCUUCGUCUUCUGCUUCUUUCUUUUCAUCUUUUUCUUUAUUCACAUUCUUCUCCCUCUUGUACUUCCUUUUCUUUUUAUUCUUCUUUUACUUCCACUUCAUCUUCUUCUUCUUCUUCUUCUUCUUCUCUCUUUCUUUUUAUUCUUUCGCUUUUUCUUUUUCUCCAUUUUUUCUUUUUUUCUUCUUCAUCUUUUCGUCUUCGUCUUUUUCUCUUCCUUUUUUCUUUUCUUUUCCUUUAUUCUUUUUCUUCUUCUUUUUUCUUCUUUGUCGGUCCCUUCUUUUUCUUCUUCUUUUUCUUCUUCUCCUUCUCCUUCUACUUCUCCUUCUUCAUUUUUCUUCUUCUUUUUCUUUUCUUCUUCUUUUUCUUGAUCUUCUUUCUCAUCUUCUCUUUUUCCUUCUGUUUUCUACUUUUUCUUCUUCGUCUUCUUCCUUUUCUUUUUUUCUUCUUCUCAUCAUUUUUCUUCAAUAUUUCCUUUCUUUCAUUCAUUCCACUUUUCUAUCUCCGCCAUAGCCCCCCUUUCCCUGCUCAAUCCUCGUUCUUUCCCUUCUUCUUCUUCUUCUUCCUCUACUUUAUCUUUUUCUCGUUCUUUUGUUAUUCUCCCGUGUCCUCCUCCUCUUCCACAUCUCUCUUUUUCCUUGUUAUCGUUUGGUUUAGCAUUCUUUUCCGUAUUUUUGUCUCCCCCCCCACCACCAUGGACCACUCUCUUACGGUUUUCAUUCAUUUCUCUAUCUUUUCUUCUUCUUCCUCCUCCUCCUCCUCCUCCUCCUCCUUCCUCUUCAGUCAUGUCUUCCUCCAAGACCCUUUUUUUUGCCAUCAUUCUCCUCCUCCUCCUCCUCUUUCCCAAAGUUUUGAUCGUUUCUUCACCUUCUUCCAAAUCACAUUUCCUUCUUUGUUAUCUUGCUGCGGAGCUUAG